CGUAAUCUGCGGUCAAAUUAUAGGUUACCGACGUUUACAGCUGCCUUGUAUGGGUAUUCUUAAGUUUAAAAGGCGUGGAAUUGUUUGUUACAAUUUUUUUUUUAACUUAAGUACAUAAUUUUAACUCUUCCUUUUUAUUGAAAAAAAUCCAAUUUUAUUAAUAAUGUCUGACGAAGAAUUACCUGCCGGAUGGGAGAAACGACUCAGCAGAUCUACCGGACAACAUUACUAUUUAAAUACACAUACAAAAGAAAGUCAGUGGGAUAGACCUGAUAAACCUGCGGAACAAUCCGGAAAUGGUACCGACAGUGGCCCUGAUGAAGUUCAAUGUUCUCACCUUUUAGUCAAACAUUCGGGUUCUCGGAGACCUUCGUCCUGGAGAGAAGAAAAAAUCACCAGGUCUAAAGCCGAAGCUUUAGAACUAAUCAACUCUUAUAGAGAGCAGCUUGUGUCGGGAAAAGUAACAUUUUCCGAUCUCGCAACAAAAUACAGUGACUGCAGUUCAGCGAAACGGGGAGGCGACCUUGGACCUUUUGGACGAGGUGCAAUGCAAAAACCAUUUGAACAAGCAGCUUUUGCACUUAAAGUUGGCGAACUUUCUCAAGCCGUUAAUACAGAUAGUGGAAUUCAUUUAAUUCAACGAACCGCAUAAAAAAUUGUACGCUAUAAUAACAACAAUAACAUUAUUUAUGAGUAUUCAUUAUUAUAAAAACUCGUAAAUUUUUUUGCAAAAUACGCAAUCUUAAUAUCAAAUUUGUUUUGAAAGUUGCAUAAUAAUAUUUUACUUCUGACUUUUGCACAGUAAUAAUUCGAUUUUGUUUCGAUUAAUUAAUUAAUUUUUCAUUGAGAAUAUAUACACAAUUAUAAAUUAGAGUGCAUGUAAUUCUUCUCUUACGGAAUAUGAUUAAAUAUUUAACUUGAUUUUUUUUUUAAUUUUGAUAAGAGUUGUUUUUUGUAGCAAGAAUAAUAAAUCAAUUGAAAGUAA